AUGGUCAACACCCAUCCUCGAGACCUUCAAAGCAUUCUACCAUCUACAAUCGAGACAUAUAACACAUGGGUGUCGUCCCACAAUACCGCUCAUACUGUAGAUAAUCUGGCGGCUGACAAUUCAACACGUCUGCUGUGGAUUGGACCAAAAAAGGCAAAGAAUGUGGUCCUCUUUUUUCAUGGUGGCGGCUAUGUGAUGCCUCUUUCUAAAGGGCAUUUGGACUGGAUGGCACAUGUGAGGAAUGAGGCCAUCAAUGCUGGGGUGGAGCUCAGCGUGUGUAUUCUCGCAUAUGGUCGGUGGCUUAGUGCCGAUGUUUUGAGUAAAAAGGUCGUGCAUGAAUGGGGCUUAUACCUUGUGGAGAACUCUCCCUGGAAAGAGGAGGUUUCUGCGGGGAAAGGCUGGGGGAUGGCACUUGAUGUGCCUGAAAGCUGGUGGAAUAACUUCGAGGCCGUUGAUCAUGUUCUGGUGACCGGCGGGUCUGAAGAGGUCUUUAGCGAUCAUAUACAGCGAUUAGCUCAGAUGCUGGAAAGAAAAAGUAUUGGCGAUGUGACGCUGUUUAUGGGCAAUGAAGCCCACGAUGGCCCAUUGAUGGACUUUUCGGCAGGCAAGCUUCCGAGUCAAACUACCAAAACCAUUACAGACUUUGUGAUAUCUUGUCUCAGAGAAUGA